UUUUCACGUAUAGGCCUAAUUGAGGAUCAUACCAAAGGAUUUUAAGCUAAAUGUUGACCAUAGUAAUUCUAUUUUACUUACUUUACUGUGUCUCUGCAAAUUCAACCAGUGAAAAAUAUGGCUUUCCAGACCUCGUUUAAGUCAGACAGAGGGAUGAGGGAGACUAGCAGCUAUGAAUUUUUGCCUCCUCACAUGUCUGAGGAUCCUCAAGAGCUGAGAAUUGUUCUUCUGGGGAGGAAUGACAGAGUGAAGAGCUUUGUGGGAAACUUACUCCUGGGAAGGAAGGAGUUUGACCUCAACUAUCGACACCAGACUGAAGGAGCCUGGGGUCUGGUUCUGGAAAGACGCUUCUCUGUGGUCAUCACUCCAGACCUGUUAGACCCAGAUAUCUCUCAUGAUAAACUGUCAGAAGAACUGCAGCAGUGUGUGACUCUGUCUGCACCUGGACCUCAUGUGCUCCUCCUGGUGGUGACACCUGAAGAGUUCACUGAAGAUGAGAGGAACAGAAUCAGAAACAUUCUUGACUGUUUUAGUGAAAAGUCCUGUGACUACUCAAUGGUGGUAGUUAAAGCUGAACCAAACAGAAGACGAGUCAUGGGCACCUGUAUGAAUAUAAAUCCCCAGGUACAGCAACUGAUAGGAGAAUGUAAACAUAGGUACUUGGAGAUCAAAUACCCUGUUGAUCGCAUUAAACUUGUAUCAUGUAUAGACAUGAUUGUGUCAAAGAACAGAGGAGCACACCUCACCUGUGAGCUGAAUGAAGAGUCUACAGGAGGAGCAACAACAGAGAGAGGAGCAGAAGCAAAAGAGAGGGGUUGGAGGAAUAUGAGAGCAUGGAGUGCAUAUGAAAAGGGAGAGCCGCAGACCUUACAGGACAUCUACAGCUCAAGGAUGAAUGACUUUUUCAUGAUGCAGCAUACGACGGAUUUCAAGGAACAAGGAAACAGGAAAAAAGAAGAUCUACAAAGUCAGAAGAGAGUGCAAUUAUGUAGGGAUAGUUGCCAAAAGUCUGAUACCCCUGAAUUACUGAAUUCUGUAGACAGAAUGACAUUACAGAGGAAGGAUGAUUGCUUCACAUCCAUCACGAGCCUCCAAAGUCAGCUAUCCCAGUGCUUCAGUGAAAUACAGGAGAUGAGGACUUCUAUGAAGAUCAACAAAGUAUUAGGUGGAGUGGAAGGCGAGGACAGUGUCAGGAUUGUGCUCCUGGGAAGGACUGGUACUGGUAAGAGUGCAACAGGAAACAGUAUCCUGGGAAAGAAAGUGUUUGAUGAGGAUGUCAGCUUUGGAUCUGUCACCUCUGUCUGUCAGAAAGAGACAGCUCAUGUUAAUGGAAGACGCAUAACUGUGGUAGACACUCCAGGACUGUUUGACACAGAGAGAGAUAUUCUGGAUAUUGAAACAGAGAUAGCUAAAUGUAUCACUAUUUCUGCACCUGGGCCCCAUGUCUUUCUCUUGGUUCUGAGUAUCGGAAAUCGCUUCACUCCUGAGGAAAAAGUCGCAGUAAACAUGAUCCAAGAAAUGUUUGGAGACAAGGCAUCAACUCACACUAUAGUUCUGUUUACUAGAGGCGAUGACCUGGAAGGACGAAGCAUUGAAGACUUUGUAGAAAGAGCAAAAGAAAUACAACCAUUGAUUCAAAAAUGUGGUAAGAGAUACCAUUCAUUCAACAACAAAGAAAAAACUGACCACAACCAGGUCACUGAACUCCUAAGGAAGAUAGAUGCCAUGGUGCAAGUGAAUGGAGGAGGCUGCUACACCAAUGGGAUGUUCCAGCAGGCAGAGCAGGUCCUGAAGAAUGAAAAAGAGAGGAUCCUUGAGGAAAAAAAGGAUCAAACAGAAAAAGAAAAUGAAGACUUGAUGAUCAAAUAUCAUUCAAAGUUAGAAGAAGUCAAAAACAAAGAUCAGUUAUAUAAAAAGAAAAGAGGCAAUGAGUUCAAAGAACAAGAAAAUAAAAUUAUGCAGCUGAGAGAUGAUUCUGUGAAGAGAAAAGAACUGCAAAAGCUCAAGCAACAGAAAGAAAAUUAUGAAAGUAAACUACUAGUAAAAAAUGAAGAGCUGCGGUCGCACAUUGAUUGUUUAAAGAUGCAACAUGAACAUGAGAAGAAAGAUCUGAAGAUUAAGACUGAGAGAGAAGCCAGACAGCAAGCAGAAAAGGAAUCAUCUGAAGCGCUAGAGCAUAUUAAAGCAAAAAUGAGAAAAAAGGAUGCUCAGAUCAAUGCCCUAUCUAAAUCUCAACAAUCACACUCAGUAAGGUUGGCAGAUAAAUAUGGGCGCUGCGCCCCCAUGAAGAGCAUCUCCAGCAGCCUGAAGGAGACCAUGAACCCGGGGGACAUGGUCCAGGACGCCAUCCAUAACUUCUCUCCAGCCUACCAGCAGUACACCCAGCAGUCCACCCUGGAGCAGCGCGGCGGCCCGGCGCUCUCCCGCAGCCACAGCACCCUCAGCACGCGCGGAGACACAGAGAAGACCCUGCUGCUCAGCUCCGACGACGAGUUCUAG